UAUUCGCAUGCUGCAAUAUUAUCCCACCAACGCUACCUACAAAUUCGAAGGUCGCAGACCGAACGCUUCAAUAAGCAGCCAGAGCUCAAUAUGUUCUGAUGCCCAGCAACAACAACAAAAAAAAAAACAAGAAAAGAGUAAACGUUUCGUGUACAGGUGCGAUUUCUGAAGACGUGUGCGGCCCUGAAGAAUAGAAACUGUCUUCUACAUUAUUACUAAUAAUAGUAAUAUUCAUCCACCAACAAAGUUUGGUGACAGUGACGUUACCUGACAGUGCUUAAAUUCAAGUAUAGGGACCUCCGAGACAUGCCUCUCUCACGCUUCGACCGUGUGCCGUUGCCAAAUUUGAAGACGUACACGUUCUUAAGUGUUCUGGCCCUUUCGGGAUGUGUGUACUUCGCGAAGGAGGCGAUCAAAGAUCCCGAUUGGAAUAUCCAGGAUAAGGUCCAACAUCAAAAUAGUAGGCAGAGAGAUGAAACGUUCAACAUUAGCAGUGCGAACGAUACCUCCGACUCUGAAAGGUCCUUGAAGCAAUGGGUCUCAGAUAUGUCUGCAGUUAUGACCCGCGAACCAAUAUGCGUCUGGGUGUUGAUAAACAUGGCCAUUUGCUGGCUGAUCCUGGUGGGACGUUGCAUCCAGAGGAUGGUGUUCGGUGAUUUACGUGUCUCCGAGCACCAGCAUCUAAAAGACAAGUUCUGGAACUUUGUCUUUUACAAAUUCAUCUUUGUUUUCGGGGUGAUUAACGUGCAGUACGUCGAGGAAGUUCUGCUCUGGUGCUCGUGGUUCGCCCUGCUCGGUUUCCUGCAAUUGAUUGCGCAACUCGCGAAGGACCGGUUCGAAUAUCUCUCCUUUUCCGCUUCGACACCGAUUUGGAGCCACGUGAAGUUGAUGGGUUUGCUGACAGGAAUCUUCGUCAUAUCAAGUUUUAUGCUGCUCGUCGCAAUCUUCGUCGGGUACUUUAUCGGAUUCAAUACAUUUGCCUUCAUGUCCGCUGAGGUGAUUCUGUUGAGUAUAAGGACGCUUCAUGUCAUCUUGAGAUACGGCCUCCACUUGUACGAUAUCCGUACGGAAGAUGCUUCCGGCGUAAAUCCGACGAGUCCGUCAGGGUCCGAGAAAGUGUGGGAGAAACGCGGUCCCAUCACAUACUACACGGAGCUCGUGUUCGAGCUGAGCGCGCUCAGCAUCGAUUUCCUCCAUCACAUCCACAUGCUGCUAUGGAGCAACAUCUUCCUAUCGAUGGCCAGCCUCGUCAUAUGCAUGCAGCUGAGGUACCUCUUCCAGGAGAUGCAGCGUCGCAUCAAGAAGCACAGGAAUUACCUAUGGGUACGCAACCAUCUGGAGCAAAAUUACCCAAUGGCGUCGUCCGAAGAGCUAUCCGAGAACUCCGAUAACUGUGCGAUCUGCUGGGAGAACAUGGACUGCGCUAGAAAACUACCCUGCGGUCAUCUGUUUCAUAACACUUGUCUUCAAUCGUGGUUGGAACAGGAUACGUCGUGUCCGACGUGCCGUUUUGCGCUGAGCAUCCAAAACCCGUCGUCGUCUCGCAUGGAUGCACCGCCGCACGAUCUGCAGCAAGACAAUCAGCAGCCGAUCCGAAGAGAACUGAACCACUUCUUUCACUUCGAUGGGUCGAGGUACGUGUCGUGGCUGCCCAGCUUCUUCGUGGAGGUGAGACCACCGCAGUUGAUGCGUACCAGCGACGUGCAGAACUCUCAGCUCGACGCGAUGGGUAGACAGGUGCAGCAACUCUUCCCAAAUUUACCAUUAUCCACGAUCGUCGACGAUCUGCGCAACACCAGAUCCGUGGAGGUGACGAUCGAGAAUGUGCUGGACGGUCGCCUAGUCGCUCCCUCGAUCUUCCACGAGAGGAACGACCACGCUUCGUCGCCAUCAAGUUCGACCGUUCUGCCGCAAUCUUCUGUACCAUCACCGUCCGCCCCUUCUUCAUCUUCGUCGACCAGAUGGGAGGCUGCGAAUCCCGUCGAAACGGAGGAUAACGUGGCUGGAAGAUUUUCAAAAUCACCGGAAGAACGCGAACGGAUACUGCAUAAGCGGAUGGAACAUCUGAUACAGACCGCGAGGAAAAGGUACAUCGAUAAGCAGCAUUCGAGCACCGAAACGCACAGUUGAAAUAAUUACAAUAACAAAAAAAACAACAAUAUUACAAUAAUAAUGAAAACUACUAUCGUUGAUGUUAAUAAUAAAAUAAUUGUAAAGAAGGAAGGAACGAGCUACGAAAGCGUCUAGAUAUAAUGAUUAUACUUAACAGAGAAGCGUAAUAUUGAAUUUCAAUGUAAACUUUUUUUGCUUUCGUUUUUCUCCGUAAUAUUACAUAAUUAAAAAUACGCAUUAAAAGAAAAAAAGGAGCAACAAAACUCGUGAUUGAUUCGAAGCUUUGUGGUAACUCGAGCGUGUAGAAAACGUAAUUUUUUUGGACAAUUGUGAAAAAAACACCUGAGAGAGAAGAGAAAAUAUCAUAUAGU